UGUGUAUGCAACAGGCCGGAAUGUUGUUUUGUACUCGCAGACUCAUAGGACUCGCCUACGGCUAGUCCCAGAAUUUUGUCUACUCGUCCAAAAAAACAGUAUCCGGACUAUAUAGACUGAUAUCAAUGAAACCUGUCCAUCUCAAAUUUGUUUUCCAAUAAUAUCCGCGAAAGUACGGUCCUGGACUACGAAAUACGGUAAUUUCAGUAACCGAGUACGGUACUGACGUUUCAAGGAGUUGGCAACCCUGUAUUGUGAUUGGUCUUUGCAAGACGUAGUGGGCAACAAAAUAUUGAUCAUGACUGUGUAGAAUUUGAUACUUAUAAUUUACAAUUAUUGAUAUGUAUUCUAUUGUGAUAACUGAUAAGUAGAUAAUCAGUAAAGUUUCCACUGUAAAAUGAAGUUAUUUGUGAUUAGCCUUUUUGUAUUGUUGCUUGAAAUCUAUGCUAGUGACAGUGAAAUUGCUAGAGCAAGACUGGAGAGUUGCCCUGGUUGUUCCCUCAAUAGGUUACAGGAUGUGAGAAAGUUUGCUUAUGAAGACAUUCCGAAUUAUGAAAAUGUUGAGUGGAAAAAAAUAUCCGGAGCUCCCCCAGAGUUAGUAUUCUUGAAUUCAGCCGAUGAAGAGGUUCAAAGACUUCCUCUGAGCAAACUCAGCAGAGCAGAAUGCAAUGAACUGUUGACAAGUAGAGGUUUCAAACAGUCAAAACCAAAAGAACUUUGAUUUUUUUCAAGGAAGGUGUCAAGCAAAAUCCAAAUAAGAUGAUUAGGAUAUAAUUUUAUUCUUCCAUUAUUACAUCUAUAUACAGAUAUGAAGAAUAAAUUGAAUAUUUACAUAGCCUAUAAUGUUUUCUUUUGAAUUUUCUUCUUCUAAGAACUCAUGAAUGGGACAUAAGAAAAUAGAUCUUACACAAACUUUAAAUAAUGGUAAAUCAAAACAUUUAAUUAUAAACAUCCAACCUUUGGCUAGACCAUUUCUCCAUUGAAAUUCAUAUAGUCUUGAAAUCACAAUUCUGUGAUCUCAGAUAUUUUUUUUACUUUGCACUAUGUGGAUGUUCAGGUGAUAUUGCCCUCCACCUCUGUCUAGGUAUACAUAUUUUUUUGCUCAUAAAAUAAACAGUAUUAUGAGGCAAAUCUUGAUAUUUUAAGCCAUUAGUAGCCAUGUCAAGAAUAAAAUAGCCAACCAAAGGAAUAUUUUUGAAAGGAAUUGUUCUUCCAUAUGUUGAUGUGUUCCAUGAGCAGCAGCUGCUGGUCUUGGGUCACCAAAAUUGAAGGUUGAUGUGAAAAACCCAAAUGGAAAUGCUCCUAUGCCAAAGGACAUAUGAAAACUGUUAUCUCCAAACCCAAAUCC